AUGUUACAAAUAGGGAAGAUGCAAGAGGUAGCAAAUGAAAUGGCAAAAUAUAAAAUCGACCUUAUGGCUUUGCAAGAAAUAAGGUGGGCCAAUGAAGGAAAAAUCGAAAAGCCUCAAUAUACGUUAUUCUACAGCGGAAGCGCACCUGGUAGGAGAACUGGAUUGUAUGGUACUGGAUUCAUGAUAAACAAAAAGAUAAAAAGCACCGUAAUGGCUUUUGAACCAGUUAAUGAUAGAAUAUCUAUGAUAAGAUUAAAAGGAAAAUUUUGUAACAUCACAAUAGUAACCGCUUACGCCCCGAUCGAAGAUGCAGAUGCUGAAGACAAAGAUAUAUUUUAUGAAAGUCUAAGUAAUGUGUGCGAAAAAGUAGAUAGAUAUGACACUUUAAUAUUGAUGGGGGAUUUCAAUGCAAAAGUGGGCAGAGAGCAGCAUGUAGUGAAUAUUGCUGGUAAAUACUCAUUACAUGAAGUAUGCAACAAUAAUGGUCAGCGGAUAUGCCAGUUUGCCGAUGAAAUAUCAAUGAAAAUAAAAAGCACGGCAUUCGAGCGUAAAAAUAUAUAUAAAGGCACAUGGAAAGUACCGGGGAGCGGCAUAGUAAAUCAAAUUGAGCAUGUUUUAGUUACAACAAGGAGGGCUUCGUCAAUAAUUGAUGUAAGGUCGUGCAGAGGUGCUAAUUGCGACAGUGACCAUUACCUUGUUAGGGUUACUGUGAGGCAAAGAAUAUCAAAUAUUACAAAGCAGCGAGGUAAGAAAAAGAUAAAGUGGAAUACAGAAAAACUCUUACAGCCCACCGUCAAAGAAAACUAUCAAGAGAAAAUACAGCAUCAUUUGUUCCACAAUGUAAACAGUCAGAACGAAACAAUAGAGAACAUGACAGAAAAUAUCGAAAAAGCCAUAAUAUCAGCUGCAACAGAAAUAGUGGGUAAGGCACCAACACAGCGAAAUAGUGAAUGGUUUGACAACGAAUGUAAAGAUGCAAUUGAAAUUAAAAAUGAAGCGCGGAAAAAAAUGAGCAAACAGAGAAGAAUGUAA